AUGAUGGCUGCGAAGCAAACCCCGCACGGAGGAAAGCUUGUGGAUCUGAUGGUGAAGGACGAGGCGGAGAAGAAGAAGAUCGCCUCGUCAUGCCACUUUGAGCACCAGCUUACUGAUCGUCAGCUUUGCGACGUAGAGCUGAUCAUCAAUGGUGGACUUUCUCCAUUGAACGGGUUCAUGAACGAGGAGACCUACAAGAAGGUUGUUGAUGACAUGAGGCUGCCUAGUGGUCUUCUCUUCGGCCUCCCCAUCGUAUUCGACACCAACCGCGAUGAUUUUGUUCCAGGAAAGAAAGUGUUGCUGAAGCAGGGAGACCGUGACAUCGCUGUUUUCACCAUUGAGGAUCGUUUUAAGCCAGACAAGGUUCACGAGUGCAAGCAGUGCUAUGGAGUCACAACGUUGGAGCAUCCCGGUGUCUUGAUGGUUUCCACUGAGCGUGGAGCUUUCUAUUGUGGUGGAAGUCUUCAGGGCCUCAACCUCCCAGUCCGUGAGUUCCCUUGCAGGACUCCUGCUGAGGUUAGGACCGACCUUCCUGAUGACAAGGAUGUUGUUGCAUUCCAGUGCAGAAAUCCCGUUCAUCGUGCUCAUUACGAGCUCUUCACUCGCGCUCUCGAUGCUCCUGAAGUCGGUCCUGAAGGUGUUGUCCUCGUGCAUCCAACCUGUGGCCCCACCCAGGCUGACGACAUCCCGGGAACCGUUCGCUACAAGACAUACGUGCGCCUGGCGGAGGAGACCAAGAACCCCAGGAUCAGAUGGGACUACCUUCCCUACUCUAUGCACAUGGCUGGACCUCGUGAGGCCAUCCAGCACAUGAUGAUCCGCAAGAACUUCGGUUGCACUCACUUCAUCAUCGGCCGCGACAUGGCCGGUUCCAAGAGCUCGAUCACUGGCGAUGACUUCUACGGUCCUUACGAUGCUCAGGACUUCGCCAAGAAGCAUGGUCCUGAGCUCGGAGUUACCCCUGUCCCUUCGCUCAACCUUGUCUAUACGCAGGAGAAGGGCUAUGUGACCGCUGAACAAGCCAAGGAGGAGGGACUGGAAACUCUGAAGCUCUCAGGUACCAAGUUCAGGAAGAUGCUUCGCAGCGGGGAGGACAUUCCUGAGUGGUUCGCUUUCAAGUCUGUUGUUGAGGUUCUGCGUGAGGAUGUUCUUGCCUCACCCAAGUAAACACUCCCGACACCUUCC